UGGCGCGCAGGUAGGCAGCAGCCAGUCGGGUCACUGAGGCCUGACAUUUCCAGUAGUGUUGGAGGUGGUGCUCGACUCGGGGGGGGUCUCUACGCUGUUCAAAACAUGGCACUUGAGGUUUACAUCCUUCAGGGAGGACAGUGAGCUGGCCGGUGCAGGCCCACGCCCACGAUGCCAGGGCCCCUUACGCCCACGCCCACCACACCCCCGGCCCCCCCGCGCCCGCAGCGCCAUGCAUUGCCCGCCCACCCUGCUGUGUAGACACACGCCCCCACCCACACGCCCGGCGCGUGGCGUUGGCUAGGCAACGCUGUCACUCCUAGUGAACCGUGUGAGUGCUGUGAGAGUGACUAGUGUGACACAGUGAACUAUAGGAGCGUGACGGAGCGGCCCGGCCAGGGUGUGACGGUGAGGCCCAGCACUGUCCGGCGUCAUGACGCCCCCCAGACGGAGGGAGACGCCGGCCGUGACGUAGACGACAUGCAGCAGGCGGGGUGCGGGGAGCUGGAGACCCACGACGCGGGGAUGUUCCAGCUGGAGCAGCUGGAACAGCUGAUCAAAACCCUGGAGGCGCGUAGAGCAGCCAGCUGCGACUUGAGCGACGGCUCGCCGACAUCUGCAUCCCCUCGCGCCCUCACCCCCAGUUCGAUUCCCGCCCGAAGCAUCAACUUCUGGCGCGAGGUAUCUCCCCAGUUGUCUUACAUCGACGGCGGGAGCUCCGGCGGGACCUCGUACGGGCGCAGCGUGUCCUGGAACCUGGCGGAGCUGUCACCGGCGGACCCUGCGGCGCCCCGCUCGCCCUUCCACGACCACCGCGCAUCUGCAGACUCCCUCAAACCUGCCCAGGACCCGACGCCCUCCCUGCCGGCGCUCGCCCCCAUCACCAAGUUCGCCUCGGACACGCUCUGCUCGCCCUCCCACCCACUCGUCGCCCACUCCGUCGUCCAGGUGGAGAAAGGCGACAUCAAGACCAAGAUUCAGAAGCGCCUGAGUUUUGGCGACACCCUCGACCUGCACACUAAUAUCUACACCCCGGCGGACGACUGCAGCGGGGGGGUGUCUGGGGGUCUGGAGGCGGCGGCGGCGGGGGGCGCGGCCAACGGCUCGAGCACGUCCUUGGAGCGGCGGUGGCUGGAGGAGGAGGUCGGGGGAGGGCCGCCGCUGGUGAGGCGCAAGUCGCUGGACACCCAGAGUCAGUACUCGUACUACAUGGACAAGGACCUGAGGUACUACUUCCAGCACCCGUGGCUCAGACUCAUCAUCGCUUACCUCGUCAUCUUCUGCAACUUCCUGCUCUUCGCCGAGGACCCCGUCUCUCACUCCCACGCAGAAUCGAACAUCCCGGUUGUUGGCAACGUCUUCAGCUUCGUCUCGACGAAGUAUCCGGACGAGUGGUUCUGGAGGAUGGUCAAGGUGGUGAUGUGGCUGAUCGCCAUCUUUUGUGGGAUGCUGGUGGGCAAAGUGCUCAUCCACGGCCUCAUCUUCAAGCGGAUGCUGCGACUUAAGAUGUUCAGAGAUGAGCAGGGCUCGUGGAUGACGAUGGCGCUGACGGUAAUUGUGUCGCUGUACAUGUUCUCCUACGUGUACAACCUCAUCCUUCUGAUUGGUCACGGCGAGCCCUGCAGGUGGCAGAUUGGCUCAGACAUGAACGUUACCAAUGAGAGCAUGAUGAAGGCGGCGGCGACGUGCACCUGGCUGGGGGACCUGGUGACGGCCCUCAUGGUAACUGACAUGAUGCUGCAGGACAACCUCUACCCCCACUGGGCCGCGGGGUUCCGGCGCCUCUACCGCCUCUCCAACGUGCCGCGCAUCCUCAUCUUCUGGUGCGGCUCCAUCGUCGUCGCCGUCAUCGUCAUCUUCCUCAUCGUCUCCGACUACAUCUCCUGGGACGAGCUCAACAAGGGAUUCGUCGAAACCACAGAGCUCUCGCGAGCAUUCCUGGCGUCGUUCAUCCUGGUGAUGGACCUGCUGAUUGUGAUGCAAGAUUGGGACUUCCCGCACUUCACCUCCACCAUCGACGUCAACCUGCCGGGCUUCUCCACCCACACGCUCCACUGGAAGUACGCCCAGACCUCCAUCACGGGCAAGUGGUUCAACUACGGCAUCAUCUUCCUCGUCAUGAUCCUCGACCUUAACAUGUGGAAGAACCAAAUCUUCUACAGUCCGGCGCCUUACGGCCAGUACAUAGAUCCGGUGAGCAGACACGUGUACUCCGUGGAGGACCCCGUGUUUGUAAACAAUGGAAACGCCACCCUCUGGACGUGGGAGGCUCGCUCGCUAGUCAACAAUGAUACCGGACGCCCUUAUAGAGAAAAGGACAUGUUCAUGUACUCUCGCUUCAUGGAGUACAGCGUACCAGUCAAGUGCACAGCUCUCAUCCCCAACAUACUGGGCUUUGUGAUGCUCUUCACCCUCGUCUCCCUCUACGGCCGCUUCCCGCCCAACCAGGACGGCACGUAUGGGGGUAGACUGAAGAAGAAACGGCGCUCGUCGUGGCGGCGGGAGAGGUGGUCAGCGUCAGAACACUACUAUCGCGACCUGUCGUCUGGAAGUCAGAGCAGCGACAAACGCACCCUCAGGAUAAAGAGGGCUUUCAAAAUCGCCAAGACCACCAACUUAUAACCCCGGCCGCCAGGGUCUCUGUCUCGGCACCUCAGCUAGUCUCUCGUGUGUAGAGCCAUGUGUGUGUGUGUGUGUGUGUGCUGUACACACACAUGCAACUUGUGUUGCUUCGUCUCCUGAUGCCCCUUUUAUAAAUUGGUUACCCUUUUCUCUCAAUUGAUUAUUCAGCUUUGCUUUUCAUUAUUUAUACCAUAAACUUAUGGUAUAAAUAAUGAAAGUAUACUUAUACUUUAUACUUAUUCAUUAUUAAUACCAUAAACGGUUGUGCUGCCUACAUAACCUACACAGGCAGCUUUGGGCUCGUUUUGUCUUAUGUUGAUUAUAUAUAUAUAUAUAUAUAUAUAUAUAUAUAUAUAUAUAUAUAUAUAUAUAUAUAUAUAUAUAUAUAUAUUAGUGUAAACUGGCCACAGGUUUUCAUUUAGACAUGUUUCAUUAAAUAUGGCUGCAUAUUCUGUAUUCAUUUUCUUGUUUAGUGCUUCUGUCCCUCUGACUAGUACUCUUGCCUCUUGGUUUAAUUUAUAUAUAUAUAUAUA